GACUGGCUGACAAAAUUUGGUUAUCUGCCUCCUCCGGAUCCCGUCACAGGACAACUGCAGACGCAGGAGGAGCUCACGAAAGCCAUCACGACCAUGCAGCAGUUUGGAGGCCUCGAAGCAACAGGCAUCCUAGAUGAAGCCACGCUGGAAUUGAUGAAGACCCCUCGCUGCUCGCUCCCUGAUUUCGCCUCCUCGGAGAGCAGGGAAAAGCGGCACACUCAGGCCGCGACCAAGUGGAACAAAAGGAACUUGUCCUGGAGGGUCCGCACCUUCCCAAAAGAAUCCCACCUUGGUCACGACACAGUCCGUGCCCUGAUGUACUAUGCCCUGAAGGUCUGGAGCGACAUUACCCCGUUGAAUUUCCAUGAAGUGGCCGGUAACAAUGCUGACAUCCAGAUCGACUUCUCCAAGGCAGAUCACAAUGACGGUUAUCCCUUCGACGGGCCUGGUGGCACCGUCGCUCAUGCUUUCUUCCCUGGAGACCACCACACAGCAGGAGACACUCAUUUUGAUGAUGACGAAUAUUGGACCUUUCGAUCAUCAGAUGCCCACGGGAUGGACUUGUUUGCUGUAGCUGUCCAUGAAUUUGGCCAUGCCAUUGGCUUGACGCACAUCUCUGCCAUAGAGUCUAUUAUGAGACCCUAUUAUCAAGGUCCAGUGGGAGAUCCUUUGAAGUAUGACCUGCCUUACGAGGAUAAAGUCCGAAUCUGGCAACUCUAUGGAGUCAGGGAAUCGGUGUCCCCCACAGCAAAGCCUGAAGUAAGCAAAGCCGACGACCAUCCUGUUCUGCCAGAGUUGCCAGAAAACCGCUCCACUGUCCCGCUCUGGAGGGAUGUGCCCAACAGAUGCAACACUCACUUCGAUGCCGUGGCCCAGAUCAGAGGAGAGGCUUUCUUCUUCAAAGGCAAGUACUUCUGGAGACUGACUCGCAAUAAGCACUUGGUCUCCCUCCAGCCGGCCCAGAUCCACCGAUUUUGGCGGGGUUUGCCCUUGAAUUUGGACAGCGUGGAUGCAGUCUAUGAGAGAACCAGCGACCACAAGAUUGUGUUCUUCAAAG